AUGGCAAUAUCCCAGCACUGCAGCUUUGGAGCAGUAUCUUCACAGAUUUCCAGGAAAGCAGCUGAACUUGUCACAAUUGCUGAUGCUCUAGGGACCACAAUACCAGGCCAUCCCCAGAGCAAGAAGGGGUGGCAGGAUCCAGCAGGGUCACCUCGAGGAGCGUGGGGUCGGAAGGCGGUGGGAGCCGCGGGGUUCGGGGUGCCGCCCGCUUCUCCCCGAGGGACGCCACCAGCCCCUCCGGCCGCUCCUUUCUCCUUAUCCGGGUUCGACAGCUUCGCUUUCCGCCUCUCGCCGCUGCUUUUUCCGGCGUUUGUAGCGUGCUCCGGCUUGCUCCGUCUCUUCGCUGGGCUGGCAGCCGCCGGGGUGCGGGGCUGGACGGGUGCCGCGGCGCUGGCGGGGCUCGUCGUGUUGCACAGGCGGCAAACGAGCGCUGUUAGCCGGGAAUGGGGACUCCGAGGUUAUCUGCACGCUCAGGCAGACGCUGUUGUGUUGAAGACUUUGCCGCCAGAAAAAUCUCAGGAUUGCAUGUAUCUCCAAUACUGUAAAGUAUGUCAGUCUUACAAGGCACCACGUUCACACCACUGUCGAAAGUGUAACAGAUGUGUCAUGAAGAUGGAUCAUCAUUGUCCUUGGAUCAACAACUGUUGCGGAUACCAGAAUCAUGCAUCUUUCACUCUGUUUCUUCUCUUAGCUCCACUCGGAUGCAUUCACGCUUCUUUCAUAUUUGUUAUGACUAUGUACACUCAGCUUUACAACAGAAUAUCUUUUGGGUGGAGUUCUGUAAAGAUUGACAUGAGUGCAGCCAAGAGAGACCCUCGACCCAUUAUUCCUUUUGGACUGUCUGCAUUUGCUGCAUCUUUAUUUGCCUUAGGACUGGCAUUAGGAACAACUAUUGCUGUUGGUAUGCUGUUUAUUAUCCAGAUGAAAGUCAUUUUGACAAAUAAAACUUCAAUCGAGUCCUGGAUUGAAGAAAAGGUAAGCUUUUAUUAUAGUUUUCACCUUUCCUUUUUUCCCUAUGACAUGGGAAGAAAAUGGAAGAACUUCAAGCAAGUGUUUACAUGGUCUGGGAUUCCUGAGGGAGAUGGCCUGGACUGGCCAGUAAGAGAUGGCUGUCAUCAAUACAGUUUGACGAUAGAGCAACUGAAACAGAAAGCAGACAAGCGAGUAAGAAGU